AUUUUCUCAUCCUUCUUCUUUGCUCUGUUUUGCAUUAUUGAAAUAAUGUCAGAGCAAAACACUUCCUCAGAGCCAGCAGAGAGCACUAGCAACUCCUCCUCUGCUUCUUCUUGGUCGUCAGAAAAUCAGAAACAUUCGAUCAGGAAAUUGUCUUCUGAGUCGAAGGCUGAAAGUUCAGAAGACGCUAGCAGGGGAAAGAGAGGGAGAGAGUCCAGCAAGCUUUCGGUUUACAGGGGAGUGAGAAUGAGGAGUUGGGGGAAAUGGGUAUCGGAAAUCCGCGAGCCACGGAAGAAAUCCCGCAUUUGGCUAGGCACUUUCGGCACCCCUGAAAUGGCAGCGCGUGCGCAUGAUGUGGCCGCGCUUAGCAUCAAGGGCGACUCUGCCAUCCUCAACUUUCCCGAACUCGCCAAGUUGCUUCCCAGACCAGUUUCACUAAUGCCUCGGGAUAUACAGGUCGCAGCUGCUAAGGCAGCCUUGAUGGCAGAUUUCGAAACAUUAUCGACCUCCUCCUCCUCUUCCUCUUCUUUAGCAUCGGAGUCAUCGUCUUCACCGUCGGAGGAGCCAGAGGAACUGAGUGAAAUCGUGGAGUUGCCAAAUAUAGAAGGAAAUUUCGGGUCGUUUGAGUCGCGAGACGAUUUCAUGCUGAUUGACUUGGCUGAUGGGUGGGAGUAUCCGCCGGAGAUUUUUGGGGAAUUUCCCGAUCAGAUGAUCGGCGCAGAAAGUUUAAUUCCGACCAACCUUGAUAAACUGUUGUGGGAUUAGUGUCUCCAACCUUAAUUUGGUGUGGUUUUACUUUCUCUUUUUACCACUUUAGGUUACUGUAGUUCUGGAAUAUUAAUUCGCAGUUUGUUCCCGUAUUUUUGCUAACUCGUAACCGUUUUACUUCAAACUUGUUAUUGUUGUAAUAUACCCCACACUAUUUU